CGCCCAUCAUGGCGGCUCCCAGCGGCUGCCGGCCGCAGCCCGGCGGGCAGGGGGGCGCCGGGGCCGGGGCAGGACCUGGGGCCGCUCCCGCGGCGCUGCGGGGCCCCGAGGAAGACGCCGAGGGCCUGUACGUGGCGGUGGAGCGGUGCCCGCUCUGCAACACCACGCGCCGCCGCCUCACCUGCGCCAAGUGCGUCCGGGGCGGCGACUUCGUCUUCUUCGACGGCCGCGACUCGGAGAGGUUCUCAGACAAGAAAGAAAGGUUGAUGCAUCUUAAAACUAAACAGAGAGAAUUCCAAAAACAUGUUUUGAAGGCCAUGGAAGGCAAAGAGAUAACUGAUCAGCUGAGAUGGAAAAUAAUGUCUUGCAAGAUGAGGAUCGAGCAGCUGAAACAGACCAUUUGCAAAGAAAAUGAUGAAAUGACAAGACAUGCAGAGGGGCUUCUGAGAAUUAAAGAGGAGAACCAGAAGCAUUAUCGCAGGGCUCAGCGGCAUCAGGAGAAGAAGGAGAAGAUCCAGAGGCACAACCGCAGGCUGGGAGACUUGGUCGAGAAAAAAACCUACGACUUGAAAACCCAGCACGAACAUCUGGCAAACCUUCGGCGGACGCAUAUCCUGGAGCUAACAUCAGUCAUAUUUCCCAUCGAAGAAGUAAAGACAAGCAUGAGAGAUCCUGCAGACGUGUCUUCUGAGAGCGACAAUGCUAUGACCUCUAGCACUGUGAGCAAGCUUGCAGAAGCCAGGAGAACCACGUAUCUCUCUGGGAGAUGGGUGUGUGAUGACCACAACGGGGACACCAGCAUCAGUAUCACAGGGCCUUGGAUAACCCUUCCGAAUAACGGAGAUUACUCAGCGUAUUACAGCUGGGUGGAAGAGAAGAAGACUACACAAGGACCAGAUAUGGAACAUAAUAACCCUGCUUACACCAUCAGUGCUGCAUUGUGCUAUGCAACCCAGCUUGUUAACACUUUGUCUCUCAUACUUGAUGUAAAUCUUCCCAAGAAGCUCUGCAACAGCGAGUUCUGCGGCGAGAAUCUCAGCAAACACAGGUUCACGCGAGCAGUGAAGAAGCUGAAUGCCAACAUCCUUCACCUUUGCUUCUCUCAGCAUGUAAAUUUAGAUCUGUUGCACCCACUGCAUACGCUCAGGAACCUUAUGUACCUGGUGAGCCCAGACACUGAGAACUUGGGCAGGUCUGGGCCUUUCGAAAUCAGCGCUGAUCUCGAAGACUCCAUGGAGUUUGUGGACCCCAGCGCCGCCGGCGAGACGGAUGAGAGCGGAGACGAGCACGUCAGCGACGAAGAGACGGACCUGGGGACAGACUGGGAGAAUCUGCCGAGCCCCAGGUUCUGCGAUAUCCCCUCCCAGCAGGUGGAGAUGCUGCAGAGCCAGAGCACGCAGGCGUCUCAGCCCAUCGCCAGCAGCAGCGCUGGCGGCAUGAUCUCUUCUGCUGCUGCCUCAGUGACCUCGUGGUUUAAGGCGUACACUGGACAUCGCUAACGAGCACGGGAAAAGGAUCGUAGGAUGUGAGGAAGGAAUCCCUCCCCAGCAAUGCUGUAGUAAACCUUACGUAUUCAGUUAAGUAGUGCCUGGAACAAAGAAAAGGUCAGACUUUACAUUUUGUAAACCCGAAGAACCUUUUUAUUUACCCACGAUGACUGUGAUGGUACCCUUUUGUAAAUUGGCUCGCCCCAUCCUUCUGACGGGUUCUGUGAGGGCACUUCGUGUCUCGGUUCUGUCUGCAUUGUUGAGUGUCAAGGAAGAAGGACCCAGCAGACUCCAGCUCUACUUCCUAAAGAAGAAACGGAUUUUGGAGUGUUUGGAUCCGAAUGAGCACAGAGGGAAGGCUGCUCAGUGUUCAGUCUGGACAGUGGUGCAAAUGCAGUUCACGUUUUCUUAACUCCUUACAGGGUUUAUGUUUGCGUGUUUUAAAUCUGUCUUGCAUAAUGCAAAAAUGCAUAUUUCUAAAUUUUUUUCAUUCAGGACAUGAAAAUUAUGCAUUUUUAACAUGUUUUCUAAUCUCCGUUGCCAUAUUUUUAAUACAAAGAAUCAGCAUGGGCAGGAAUUCACACAACGAAUUGCUCUUUAGGUUUGGUUGUGGAUCUUUGUCCAGUUUCGCCAUAGAAAACUGGCUCGUUUCAUGCUGUUUCCACUGGUAGGUAGUCUGAAAGUUUCGUGUUGUGCUGCCCAAAGCACACAGGCUCUUUACUCCUAGUAUCAUACACCAAAGAAACACUGGACAUUCUCUUAGCUAGACCCACGUUGACGCCGAUAGAGGAUUGCAAUAAUAUCCAUCAGUUACACCAUGUUGCCACUUUUUAGUAGUAGAAAAACCUCAUUUCAAGCUCGUUUGAUGAAGUCACGCGUUCUCCACACUACAUGCGUUGUGAACCCUGUUGUAUUUUAUGUUUCUGCUGGGGUUUGCUCUUUCCCUGUUUACUGAAUGCCAAGAAGUUGAUUUCAUUUCACUGCAGAAACGCUCACAGCGCAGCUGGCCUGCUUGUAAAACCACAGGAGGUGCGAUACUGACAGAUGCGUUCGCUAACAAGUGCUCCUCGCUUCCUCUGCCUUGCGGUAUGUAUGACUUAGAGAUGGUUCUGCUCAGCGAGGCUUCCGAUUUACGGUUUACAUUUUAUAGAGCUGGGACGUUUUACUUCUCCGCGAGGCAAACUCGUGUAGAAGCAUCCUCCCACCCCUCCGAGAUGGAAGAUUUCAGCCGGUCUUCCCUGCCGUUCCCCCGUGGCGAUGCAGCUGGUGGCGUGGCUGACGCACAAGCCACGCGCCUGGCGUGCUGGCACAUCCGAGGCAGCGUCCUCAUGCGUGGUGGAAACCCCAGCUGCAGGCUGCCUUACCCGGCCAUCCCGUUCUCUGUCGAGCAUGUGGAGUUUUUUGGGACAGUUUUGGGACGCUGUGGGUCCUCCCCAGGCCAGCCAGCACUGCCACCUGGCUCCACGGAGGAGCGGGUGGAAGAGCAGCGCUAGUGCUAAUGCCCCUGUGUCCCGGCGAGCUCCGCACCAGGGACACCACCUCAGUACUGUGCCUCCCCGCCCUGUCCCUCGUACAGCAGCUCUUUCUCUUUGGCAGUGGGGAUCCGUUGUUGGUAGCUUUUUGCUGGUGGUAGCUGUUUGUUGGGUUUUUUAAAGCAAAGACCCUUAACUCCGCACCGAGAGCGUGCGUGUCGUUAGGUGAGGGCCCCCUCGGUGCUGCCAUUUGGUUGGUCUGAGCCCAAGACAGGGUCGUGUCGGGAAACAGAUAAGAAAUCAGCCGAGACCCCGUUGGCUACUGCGGUCUGAACUGGGACCGUGCCCAGGACGAGGACAGGGGCAGGGAGAGGAGGCUUCGGUCACUGCUCAGCUGACAGCACUUUAUUAAACAGUCGCAGCGACCGGACCUGUCGCAGCUCUGAGCAGCCAGCACGUAGCAGUACUGCGUGUUGGGCUCUUAGCAUUGCACAACCCGUUUUGGAUCCUCAUUUAUUUUGCACUGGACCCCACCACAGAGAGAUCUUCCCUCCUUUUUUUCUUCUUUUUUUAAUACACAUUUCAGUCGCUGUUUCAUUGCUGCCUUUGUGCUACGUAGAACCCUAAAGGCCAGGCCAUGAUUCAGCUUUGUAUGCUGUCCUUGACUUAUUUAGGGGAAAAUAAAAACAGCACCACGAGAACCUUUUAAGCCAUAUACUUCGUACCCAUUGUGUUUUCCAAAUAAUUUAUUUACAACCAUGUCAUACUCCGGAAGUGCACAACGGCACUGUGAGGGUGUUGAAAUGCAUUGAGAUGGCUCCUUUCAAGAGAUGUUUUUGUAACAGAAUAGAUUGUGGGUUUUGUUGUUUUUUUUUAAAGUGUUUUGCACAUGUGUAGCUAAGGAAGAAUUAAGUGUGUGUGUCCAAACCUUGAGUGCAAGCGACAGGAUUAGUUUUCCAGGUUGUUUGGGGGGCGAGGGAGGGAGGCAGUUAUCUGUAAUUAGAGAUAGUUGGAGACAGCCAGCUGAGAGUUUACAAAACAAUUUGCGUAGCACGAGUGCAGGAAUUUCAGUCCAGGCCGUGACUUUUGUCCGUGAGCAGUGGUCCGGCGUGGCCCACGCGAGCUGCCAAGGAAGAGCCUGAUUUCGGAGCCCAGCCCUCGGCUGAAAUCGGGCGCCUUCGGCGGGUCUCGGACGGGACGUGCAGGGCUGGGUCGUCACCUGCAGAAACUCGGGGCCUCUCUCUGCAACUUCCAAACUAGAUGUAACUAAACACAAUUUUUUUUUCUAAAUUUUAUUGUAUUAUUGCAAUAAAUCUUUAACAGUAA